AUGAACAGCAUCAAAGCCCGAUUCAAGAGGAUGUCAAUAGGUCGGACCGGGAAGGAUCCCAAUGCAAGUGGAAAGACAGACGCCGCAGCCUCGGCGGAGAGGACGCCAAACGAAGGCCGGAAGAAUGCGCCAGCCAAUUCCAAUGCCGCGAAUGUUGACAGUGGUCUCGCUGCCGCGCGGAUGUUCAUCAAAGACGAACGGGAGGGCAGUUUGGUGUUUACCAUCCAGGUUGCGACCGCUUAUCGCCCGCGCAUCGCGGUGGAUGUGCAUCGGUUUGGCGAGGAAAGGGGACGGGCCCUAUGGAAAGCUGGCCGGCUUGACGAAGAUGUCGGGGGCGGAGCACGGAGUAAAUACCUCCGCCGCCACUGCGAGAGCCCAAACGAGCUAAACGAGGAAGACUGCAUCCUCUUCGACCCCGAAGCCUCACCGCUGUACGACCACGCCCAUGUCAACGGGACGGUUACAGUCGAGGGCUUCGGCCUCGAUCUCUGGAACGCCGAACUCGCACACGGCCGGAUGCCCCAGCGGGUACACCCAAACCUCCUCCUCGAGGUUCCCGACCUAACCUUCGACCCGGCGACGCUGCUCUGCAGGAUCGAGGAGAUCCGAUCCGGGACUGUGCCUGCCGAUGACUCCGAGGAGGAAAUCGCCGCGUUGGUUGAGACGGUUGGGAAGGCGGCGUGGGAGGGUAUAGCGGGGUCGUGGGAAAUGCAGGAGAUGGGGCACAGCGAGCGCGUGCUCGAAUUCCUAUUCGCGUUUCACCACGAGCAGGAGGAUCUUUCGGGCCGCUCGGUUAUUGCCGAAACGAUGACACGUUUCCACGAGGGCUCGUAUGAGGGCGCGUGGGCCGACUGGAUGCGCAUGGUUAUGGCGAGGGAGCUUGCGCUGCGGCUUGCCUCGGGGGCGGGGAUGGGGAUGCAAGGUGCCGGGGCUACGAAGGGGAUAUAUGCUCGUUUCACGCGUGCGAUCCUUGCGUCGUUGAUUAUCAGCGAACGGUGGUUUGCAAACACAAGGAUCCACGUUGGCGGGCAUGGCGCGCUCGCGCGGGAAGUGCAGGAUGCCAAAGCGGCUGGCGUACCCGAACAGGAUCGGCAGAAGGCACGAGAGCUGGUUCGUCUCGCAGAAGAGGCUACCGAGGCGAAGCAGUUUCAGCGUGCUGCGGUCCUCUUCUACGAAGCGCUCGCGAUUAAUCCGGCAAACUACGACACCGUCCAGGCGAGGGGCGAGUGGCUGCUCAGAUUCCAGAACUACAGGGAUGCAGCGAGGGAUGCUGUGAUACUGCAGCGACUGGACCUGGAUCGUCCGGCGGGAUAUGUCCUCCUGGGCAGGGCAUGCCUGGGCUACAAGAACUAUCUCCGGGCGCAGGAGGCCUUCCGCGAAGCCGUGCCCCUCGCACACACAUUCGACGAGAAGCUACCGAUCCUCCAGGACAUAGACAAAGCACAAGACGCGCUCGGCGCGGAGCUGAAGGCAAUCGAGCAAGCCGCGAGCGAGAAAGAAAAAGCGGCGCUCAUGCGCGCUCGGAGAAUCGCAGACCUGGACCCCAUGGGCCGAACGAUCGCGCCGCGACCGGCUAAGCACGAGCAGCAGCUCGAGGGCCUGUUCCUCUUCGCAGAGCGGAUGCAGUGGCCGUACCUUGAAGCCGUCCGGCGUUGCGCUAAGAAGGCCUGCGAGGACUGGCUUGCGUUGCACGAACCCAUUUACCCUGUCCAGAUGGACUGGCUCUUCGCCGUGAUGCUCCCGGGCAAGCACUUCGCACACGUCCUCAUGGCGAUGCUGGUCCUCAGCACGCCGGCAAUCCAAAGCGUGGGAAUGGCGCCGAAUAGCGAAUGCGGCGUCGCGCUGCCCGAGUGCAGCUACUGGCGCAGCCGCUCAGUCCUCGGCCGCGUCCUCGGCUGCCUGCCUGGCGUCACCUCGCUCAACGGCUGGGUCGGCCCAUGCCCAACAGCAACGUUGCACACGCAGACGGACGAGGAGGCCCCCGCGGCACACUGCCUCAUCACGACGGUGGCGUUCAACCCGGCCUCUGCACUGCUCCCCCCGCCUUCUGCAGAGUCAACUAGAGACAUCGUCAUUGCGGGAAACCCGGACCUUGCGCCACUCUGGCGCGUCACAAACCAGCCGGAGAUUUUCAACUUGCAUCCUCCGCAACGGGACACCGCCGCGUGGGAACUACGCUCGCUGGAUCUCCGCCGCGCCUAUCGCUCCCACCAGUUCGAGCCUGGGGGUACCUGGCUCUGGAGCGCUUCUCUGGCUUUUAGACAGCCCGGGACGGGGAAGGAAAUCACCUUCGCCUUGGAGCAUACCCCCGUCUUUAUCACCCUCCCGCCCUGCUCGCUUUCCGGUCAAGCAAGGGGCCAUAAGAUCCACCGCCGACAACUUGAUGAUUACAGGUUCCGGAACGUCUCGAUAGAUGAGAUAGCGGAGGUAACACCGGAGUCUGUGGAAGAGGAGAUCAUUGUUAUCAACGCAUCUGCUCCCGGGGCCGAGGUGGUCGCGCGGGCGUGGUGUGCGCAUGUUGCCAGGGCGGCCGUUGUUCGUAGGGCUGGGGGACCGUGCUUCUGUUGCACUGUUAAGGGGGCGGGGAGGCUUGGGUUGAGGGUGGGCGUCGUUAUUUGGGUUUCCUAG